AUGUCGUUUUGGUGUGUGGUAUUUUUGGAAAUUUGGAAGAGAAAAGAGUUUUAAUUGUCAAAAUGAAACAAAAGAUUAUAUUGCUGCUCCAGUUACUUGUUCUCGUGGCUACAGCGACCCUCGAGGAAGAAAUUGCAGGUCAAGAGGAGAGCGAACUGGCUCUUCGUCAGAUCGAACCUUCGGAUUGUCAGUUCCAAGUUAUCAAGAGCUGUAAUCAUCAAUUCAAGAGUUUGUUUGAAAAGAGYGCAGGCGAACCUGAUUUGGAAGUGUACUGCAAUGGAAUGCAGUCGUUUAUGACGUGCCUGGAAACUUCGAGCUGUAGUGGACCGUUCCUUGACGACUAUASAUACGUGGUUCUUCAGCAUGGUAUGAUGGACAAGAAAUUAAACUUGUGUCCCGACCACGUGUACACAACACUCAGGACUAAGGUCCAAGCCACUACGAAACAUCGUGCCAUUGAUAUUGGUGCGGACAGCUCAGCCGAAUGCUCAGUCUUAGUUCACAAAAAGUGCGUUCUGAUAUUCACAAAAAAUAUGGAGACGAACUCCAACAUGUGCCAAGAUGUUCAGUCUUUCUUGGACUGUUACAAGAAGGAAUCUCCCACAUGCAAGGCAGAGAUUACGCAAGAUUUUGCUCAGCUAUGCAACCAGCUUGGUGAAGAGAUGCUGAAAGCGAGCGAAAAGCAUAGAGGAAUGAUGUGCUGAGAUGUGAAAAUCAAACUAAACUGUGUGGAAUGAGAGAAAAUACACGCACAGACAAGGCACUGUGAAUUUUGUUUGCAAUGCAUGAACAACAAAAAUUUAAAAAAKUUAAAACAUUGUCGCGGAAUAGUAUGAGAGCUUUGAGUAAAUGAAACUAUAAUCAAUAUGGAAAAUGAAUAAAAGGUGAGAGAUAGAUGAAUAGGAGGGUAACCACAAGGAACGUAUUACGAAUGGAAAGAAUUAUGACGUAAAAGACGCAAAUAAAUUGUGAACAAACUGAUCAAU